AUUUGAAACACGGCUGCUGAUCAGGGAACUGAACUUCAAAUUUUAUUUAAUUUUAAUCUGAACGACCACUGUGGCUAGUGAUGGUUGUGUGGGAUGACACGGUUUUAAACUGUCCAUCCUGACCCUUUUCUCUUAUUUUUGAGACAGCCUUACUUUAAGAUUGGCAAAUGCGCUUUUCAAAUUUGGUGACUGAUGUGAAAAUGUUAGGGCCCAAGAGCAAACAGCCAAGAAAGAAUUCUUGAGACAUUUUUGGUGCAAGAGGGUGGUUUAUUGAAGCAGCGGGACAGGAUCUGUGGACAGAGAGAGCCACACCGGGGUCAGGAGGGUUACCCCUUAUAUACUUCCAAGUUGUGAGGGGUCCAAGAGAGCAUAAGUCACUAAGGAAUUUGGAAGCAAGGUUUCCAGGACCUUGAGGGGGCUCGCUAUUGUUGGGAAGGGUCAUUUAUUACCGUCCAAUAGAACCUGAGUCAUGAGACCCUUCAGAUGUGUAUCGGUGGGCCAUAUGCUGGGGGGCCGAUUGCCAGAUGGAAUCCUGGAGGUUUGGAGAGAAAGGAAAUUUCUGAAGGAAUUUUUAUGUUAAGGUAGACUUAUAGGAUCCUGGGGGUCAGGAUAAUGUUAAGCGAAGGUCACCCUCUGCUCUUAGCAGGGUAUUAACGUCGAGGCAGCGGAGCUCCCAGAGGAAGGUCACUGCCCAUUCCAAGGACUUGUCAGUGGACUGUAGGCUGUAAGGAAGUUUAAUUUUUUUUUCCUUUGCCCUCGUUCUCCCCGUCAGCGAUGCCGCUGGUCUUAUUCUUCAUGGAGCUACUGAGUCUACGGGCAGGAAAAAGGUCCUAUUUCCAUCCAGGUCUCACUUUUCCCUGUGACAGUGAGGAACUCAAAGCCUGACGCCAAGGCCGGGAGAUGGGCCCUGCCGGGGUCUCCCUCCUCCACACUGGCCUCUCGGAGCACAGGCAACGCUCAGCUCACGCCCUUCCCAAAUGUGUUCUCGGGGAACAGGCCCAAGCGAUCCCGCACACAUCAGAACGGAAGGAAGGCAGCUCGGCCGUGUGUCAGAGAGAGGGCAGCUAGAGGUCAGGGAGAUUGCCGGCCUUCCCCUCCCUAAAACCCACAAUAAUUCUUCCCCCUUGGCAGAGAGCAGGAAGAGAGGGCUUGAAGGAACCUCACAGACCAUAGGACAGCCCUUCCUGAGGCCCAGCGAGUGGUCACCCCCAGAAGCCCCAGGAAUGCUGGGCUGCAGGAGGGGCUGGGGGGAGCCAGUACCAGGCGGCCUCUGCUCCAGGCCCUGGUCAUCCCCUGGGUCAGUAGCCCUUUUGUGUAAGUGCCUGGUGGGGCUGACUCGGCCGUCCGUGGGAGCACAGCUGUGGCACAGCCUGGAGGAGGCCGGCCUCCUGGAUCCUCCCUCAGGCUUCGUCAGAGGCAGGGGACAUGCACCCCGAGGGCCUCUGCUUGGCCUGACCCUGCUGCAGGGACGCUCUGGCCCCAGUCCUCGCGGAGAUGGCUAGUUCGUGGAGGUCCUGCUUACCCGGCUGCCUCCCCUCCCUCGUCCUCCUCCUCCAGCUAUGCUGCAGCUCCGCAGGUCAGUUCAGGGUCACAGGACCGGGCCACCCCAUCCGGGCGCUGGUGGGCGAUGAGGCCGAGCUGCCCUGCCGCAUCUACCCAGGGAAGAACGCCACGGGCAUGGAGGUGGGCUGGUACCGGCCCCCCUUCUCCAGGGUGGUCCAUCUCUACCGAAACGGCAAGGACCAGGAUGCAGAGCAGGCGCCCGAGUAUCGGGGACGGACCGAACUGCUGAAAGAAGCCAUGGGCGAGGGGAAGGUGACCCUCAGGAUCCGCAACGUGAGGUUCUCCGACGAAGGCGGGUUCACCUGCUUCUUCCGAGAUCAUUCCUACCAGGAGGAGGCGGCCAUGGAACUGAGAGUGGAAGACCCCUUCUACUGGGUCACCCCCGGCGUGCUGGUCCUCCUCGCCGUGCUCCCGGUGCUGCUGCUGCAGAUCGCCGCGGGCCUCGUCUACCUCUGCCUGCAGCACAGACUGAGAGGAAAGCUCCGCGCGGAGAUCGAGAACCUGCACCGGACAUUUGGGGGCAGGGGACACCUUCUAACCCAGUUUGUUCUGUGGCCACGCGCAGACCCCCACUUCCUGAGGGUGCCCUGCUGGAAGAUAACCCUGUUUGUGCUGGUGCCAGUGCUCGGACCCCUGCUGGCCUUGGUCAUCUGCUACAACUGGCUGCACCGGAGACUUGCAGGGCAGUUUCUUGAGGAGCUAAGUAAGUUUUUUUCUCCCUUUAUAUUAUAAGCUGAGAAGGGAACACCAGGAAGGCAGGAAGGAAGGGGGUGGGGGUCGGGGUGGCAGCCUGAAGGUCCUUCCCUCCUGCCAGCCAGAGGAGCUGCGGAGGGCCUAGAGGCCAGGGGAUUCUUGGGGGCUUUUCCUCUCCGCUGAUCAAGGCUUGGUAAACACAGAUCUGUCAGGGUGUUUCCUCCUCCUUCCAGGAAACCCCUUCUGAGCGAUGCUGCAUCCUGGCCAGCCUGGAGGGCAGCCUGGUGGCCCUGCAUGGGCUCCCAGGGUGUGGCAACCACCCACCGCACACUCACCGGCCUCCUCGCCACAGGGACAUCCAAUCUGCAUUUCCAGGAAGGCUGUGUCCUCUUCACCCAUCUACCUUUCCCCCCUGCCCCGCCUCGGGCUGCCCACCCCGGCCACUCGCCUCGCCCUCCAUCUGGAAGCCGCUGUUGGCUGUGGCCAAGCAGGCAUUCCUCUCUCCGACGGACGACACCUGUGCUGCUCAGUCACGCAGGCAGGACUGAGACCAGCCGCCUCCUGCUGCCGAUUCCUGUCCGCCAACAUCGCCGAUGGGGGUUGUUUCUUCCCCAGCGUCAAUCCUGAGGGGCAGAGCUGAGGGGUGUGGAGGCUGCCGGGGAGGAGCAGGGGGAGCGAGAACCCUGGAGCCCCCACAUCUGCCCCCAUCCCCGCCCCACGGGCAGCAGCAAGGGCCGUAUCCGAACACCGGCUGGACUUCCCAUCUUGCAUGGAUGGGACCCCCGACCCACCCCCCCCUUGCGCUCCCCUCUAUCCCUAUCACAGCCGCCACUGUCUUCUCAUCAAGGACCACUUGAUGGUCUGUCAGACACAAAGAAAAUGGCAGGUGCUAAUUAACGUA